CCGUGAGCGCCGCUGCGCCUCUGGGCGGGGCGAGAGGGCGCCUCAGUCGUGCACCGGAGCUCACCAGGGACGCGUCCAGCUCCUCGAAACGCUUCAGGUUGCUCGUGUCGCCGGAUCCUCUCUCUUUUCUCUCGGCCGACCUUUUUGUACACGGUCCCGUGUCCCCCGUAGAAGCAGUUUUCGCGUCGGUCGAGCACGUACGUUCGAAGUGCUACUGUAACUCCCCCGGAGUAAGAAGAUCGUCAUCGAUUCCACCACCGUGUCACCGGCGACGAUUAUAUUCCAGCGAGACGGUAGUUGGCCGCGGGUAGCUCGGCUAAGCUCGGCGCCCGGCGAGAUACUCUGAUCAGUGUUGCGCGGCACCGCUGCUCUGCGGCUUCGGCUCUUUCCGUUCGUACGAAUUGUAUUCUGUCGGGCCGGGCCCCCGGUUCGGCUCGCGGUGUCUGCUGCUGUUCGUUCGCCGGUCGCGCGUAUCGAUUCGGUAGAGAGAGAGAGACAGACGCGACACGGCCGCGCUUGUACAUAGAUACGUUCGAUUCUAUCGCAGUAUCCAGUGAGACUUAGUGCGACUCUGCGCGUCCGGACACCGGUGUGCCGUACAGAAGGGUUCGCGGACCGUUCACACCGCGGCCUAGAGGCGUCUAUGUGCGCGCCCGGAGACACCGAGAGCUACCCUGGCACCUAGCGGACGACGCGGGGUGGCUGCACCAAGCUAGUGCUAAAGGUACCCAACCUCGUCCCAGGGUGGCGGGCUCCUACAGGAGUCCCGAAGAUCGGGGAUCGCGGUGGUGCAGCUAGCUGAUUAGGAACGGGGGCAAGGAGGAGGAGGAGGAGGAGGCUCCUGCCGGUUCCGCUGAAGCGCAAAGGACGAAGACGAGGAGGACACGCCGAGGAAUCGGUGUCCGAGGGUGGCGGCGGAGGUGACGCAGAGGCGAGGCGGAGGAGGGGCGUCCGUGGAAGAGGGUGGUGGUUGUUGAAGUGGUUGGUGCUGGUGAAAACACCGGUGCCGCCCGGAACCCCUGCCUAGGACCAGCCUAGGGAACGAACCGUCGAAUAGAGAACGGAAGGUGAACCGAAACAGAACAGGCGCAAACACAAGGGAUAUACAGGCUCGAACACUUAGGCGAUCAACCCUGUGUACAGGUUUCUAUAUCCCUUCGGGGCGCGGCGGGUCGUUCGUUACGGAAGAAGGGAGGAUUUAGAGGUUGGUGGUGGCGUUUGUAAGGGCAACCUGUGGCAAGAUGGGCUGUGCCAUGUCGGCGGAAGAGCGGGCCGCCCUGGCCCGCAGCAGGCAGAUCGAGAAGAACCUAAAGGAGGACGGCGCGCAGGCCGCGAGGGACAUCAAGCUGUUGCUGCUCGGUGCCGGUGAGUCCGGGAAAAGUACCAUCGUUAAACAAAUGAAAAUUAUCCAUGAAAGCGGUUUUACACCGGAAGACUUCAAGCAGUACAGGCCCGUGGUGUACAGCAACACGAUACAAUCCCUAGUCGCCAUUAUCAGAGCGAUGCCCAAUUUGAAGAUCAACUACGCGUCCAACGAGCGGGAGACCGACUCGAAAAUGGUGUUCGAUAUAAUCCAAAGAAUGGAGGACACGGAGCCAUUCAGCGAGGAGCUUCUGGCCGCGAUGAAGAGGCUCUGGGCGGACAGCGGGGUCCAGGUGUGCUUUGGCAGGAGCAACGAGUACCAACUGAACGACUCAGCGAAAUAUUUCCUGGAUGACCUAGACCGAUUAGGAGCAAGGGAUUAUCAGCCUACGGAGCAAGAUAUUCUAAGGACCCGUGUGAAAACAACGGGUAUAGUCGAGGUCCACUUUACCUUCAAGAACCUUAACUUCAAAUUGUUCGACGUGGGCGGCCAAAGAAGCGAACGUAAGAAGUGGAUUCAUUGCUUCGAGGACGUGACUGCGAUCAUAUUUUGCGUCGCGAUGUCUGAAUAUGAUCAAGUGCUGCACGAAGAUGAGUCGACGAAUCGAAUGCAAGAAAGCUUGAAGCUGUUCGAUUCUAUCUGCAAUAACAAAUGGUUCACCGACACGUCGAUCAUCCUUUUCCUGAACAAGAAAGAUCUCUUCGAGCAGAAAAUUCGCAAGUCCCCCCUCACCAUCUGCUUCCCCGAGUACGCUGGAGCGCAAGAGUACGGCGAGGCAGCCGCGUACAUCCAGGCGCAAUUCGAGGCGAAUAACAAGACAGGCAAUAAGGAGAUCUACUGCCACACGACUUGCGCCACUGAUACAACCAACAUUCAGUUCGUGUUCGACGCAGUCACAGAUGUCAUUAUCGCCAAUAAUCUCCGUGGCUGCGGUCUCUAUUAGGAUAAAUAUUCCCGUCGUGAAGCCGAUCGACCGAUACACACUCAUACACACACACACGGACACAAGAGACAUGUAUUGCGAGCACGAGGGAGCGCAUGAGAACGAGAGAGAGAGAGAGAGAGAGAGAGAGAGAGGAAGAAAGCGAGAGAGAGAGAGAGAGAGAGAGAGAAAAUGAGAGACCGAGAGACUGACAACACUGGCGAGAAAGGGGACCGAGCGCACGAGGAGGAGAGAAAGAGUGGAAACAAGUGAAACUGGAGAGAACGAAAGAGAGAGAGAGAGAGAGAGAGAGAAAGAGAGCGAGAGAGAGAGAGAAUGAGCGAAAGAAAGAUAUAUAUAUUUAUAUAUAUAUAUAUACUUGUGUGUACCACCGCUACUACUACCGACCACCUGCGGAUACCUUCUCAACUUUUUUAUCAACUGCCCUUUCGAGUAUUUCUUCUUUUCCGGGGACCGAAAUCCGCCGGGUUGCUUCUUCGUCAACCUCUGGAAGCCGGCAUUCGAGGCUGCGAAUCUAAUCUCUUCGCCGCGGUAGCUCCCCUAACACUUGGAACGUUUUUCUCUUUAUUUUCAAGAGACCAUAGAAAAUGCAGUACCGAUUGAAACGCACGCGCACGCGAAUCUGAAUUGCAUCUUCUGCCGGGUCGUCUGCAACUUAUUCUAAUCUAUGACUGUACAGCGAGAGCGCGAGAGAGUGAGAGAGAGAGAGGCUGCCUUGUGAAUUUCUUCGAUGCUGACUUAACGGAACAACAAUGGCGAGGCUGUCCGCCAUUUUGUCAGUUGUAGAAAUUUAAAGAGUCAACGGGGAGCUGCCCGGGGCGGAGUUGUCACAACAAACAACAGGAUUUACUGUUCUCGAAUGCUGCCGCGAAUGUCUGAAGACGCGAGUCCAUAUGGCCCCGUCGACGAAGUAGCGGCCUGUGUGUGUAUUCUUCUUCGUCUUCUUCUUCGAAAAGAAAAACAUCGUCGCGUAAACGAAGAAGAAAAGAAUUUCGUAAACAACGGGAUCCACCGAGAAUAGCUGUGUCCGAUGUACGAGAAGAAAAUCGAAAGGAGACUCACCAAAGAUUGAUCCAGAUUUUUCAUGGAUAUCGCGACGAAUCGCACAAAGACCAAUCACGAAGCACAUAGGAGAUCUGCGGAUGUUCUUAUCUUGGUUUAAAUUGCCGGAUCACUGACACGCGAGGUAUAUGAGAGGCCACCUUUGGGCAGAGGAUCAUUGACAGGGUCAUCAUUCUGAGAACCAAUUCUUUGCACCGAAAUGAAAGUAUACAGAGUGAUUCAUGGGGACGAUCAUUACAACUGUACGUCCUAUGGCAGCGAUUCUUCUUUUGUACAUGGUUUAUUGUUUUUAGAGGGUUGAAAUUAGACCACAGAGUCACUGUGGAUGUCAUUGGAGGACGGCUGUUGUAAUUGACAAUGACGGCUGUUAACUAAUACUUGAAUUAGAACAUUAUCGUCCCGCUGCUGGGCGUGGCUAGUGGGGGAGGGGGGUAACUAAGCGCGAAUUUUGAAAGGAACUUAUUUGACAUUUUUGCACGAAGCACCAAGAACGAUUGGUAGAAUGCUGAACGAAGCAUAGGAGUUCAUUAUGAGACGCGUUUCAAUGCGUAUGAAGAUUCUGUAUACGUUUAUGAAGAAAUGGUUACACGAUGCUAAGCUCUAGGUUAUGAACAAAUAUUAGGUUAUGAGCGAUAUUCAUUGAUCGACGACUUUCUGCCCAGAGGGGCCCAGGACGCUUUGUAAUAUAAAAUCCAAUUUUCCUUUGUCUCGUGUACAAUUAUUGUUCAACAUGUUCGCUUUACUUCGACUAUGUUAUAUUACGUUCAUGAACGAUCGCACAGGUCGCGCACAACAAAUCGACGUACGUUUUAAUUACACACACGUGUUUUGCAGUUGUUUGAAUAUCAAAUGAAUUGCAUAAUCGUCAGGCAUGCAAUCUGUUCUUUUGGGUUGGAAGACUGAACCGUAAAGUUCGUCGAGUGAACGGUCGAGGUCGAGAUAUUUCUUUUUACGAGAUACGUUCGCUUCUGGUAACGUAUAGUAAUCGAGAGGAACGUUUAAUCGAGAGACUGCGAGAAAUCGAACAUGAAACAAUGCGUAAGAGAACCGGUCUAGGAUUAAUGUGGACAAUCGAAGAACCAUUGAAUUCGUUCGAAAUUGAUUUUUAGUCAUGAUUGGUGCAAUACAAUGUUAAUUGAUAGAUCUUUUUUGUUGUUAACAAAACGAAGAUUAUAAAAUUGUUUCAUGUUGUUCGAAGGAUCUUUGAUUAUUUUCGAGAUCGUCUCGUUUGAUCAGUACGCACAUUUACACACAAAUCUACAAACAUUUUCGCACAAUCACACGCGCGCGCGCACAUAUACAUUACAUAUACAUAUUUCGAGAAAUGUUCCACCAAAACGUGUUGCGAUCCUUGAAUUUCCGAUGUUGGAGCAAUUCAGGUUCUCCUAGAGACCUAUAAUAUUUUUGGAACGCCUUUAUUUGUUCACUUCACUGAUUUCACCUCGGACAGAAUAAUAUUUUCCGUUGACGACCAUCGGUUUUCAUGAUUUCUCGUUGGGGGAAUUUUUCUAUUGGCUCUGAAAGGAUACUAGAACAGUCGAACAACUAUAAAUGAAACAUUCCACAUACAAGUACAGUCUUUUGUUUUUGUUUGUAAUUUAUUUGUAAUUAAUUGCAGCUGCAAAGUAAUCGUUUUUUUUUUUUAAAGAAAAUUUGAUUUAUUCGCCGAGAAGCAAUUCAGUUUUGUUCGUCAGCUACGAAUUUCAUUGUGAUUCGAUGACAAAAAGUUGAACACUCGAAUGAGAUGUUUCGUUACAACAGAUUUCACAAUAGGGAACAGAAGAUUGCAGUUGCAACCCCACGCUACUUAAUUGUAAUUUAAUUAAUAACCGAGAGGGGUGUUUGACCAAAAAGAACCAAAGAAUCGAGUAGAACAAUAAUUACGAUGUAAUGAACAAAAGUAUUCUCGAAAAAACAAUCCGAAUUACAUUGCGUAUAUAAAAUGGAGGCCAAAAAAAUUUAACGUUUUACAGCUAUAUUGUUUUUUGGAUCACGAGUAUAUCGAGAGGAUAAGAAAAAACAUUUUAUGAUAAAGCGGACAAAAUGAUUCUUUUCAUUUCGACGUCGACUUUCGUUCUCAUUUUUAUGCCGAUUUUGAGAAUUAUUUUUAUAUAUCGUUAGUUAAAUCUAGGGAUAAAAGGAAAAUAGUAUUACUGUCACCGCCGUUGCUAUAUUAUUAUAAAAUUAAUAUAUAUAUAAAUAUAUAUAUAUAAAUUUUAGGGUUACGAAUUAAUUAAUUAAUUAAUUAAGUAUUCCUAUAUGUAGUAGCUAUAAUUAUGUAUAAAUAAUUUCACGUAUAGAAUUUCUAGUCAAGUUAGAAGAAAAAAAAAGCAACAACAACAAAACGUACUAACUCGUGCAAAAACACGAUCGGGAAUUUAAUUUUCAUGUAAACUAAUUUUCUCGUUCGAUGCUGAAAUUAUAGGUACAGUCUGGUCAUUGAUUAAAAUACAAUUGUCUGAUUACAAAAUUCAAUUUGUACGUUCUUUAUCGGGGAUUAACGCCUAACCGGCGGAGCAGCGUCGUCGUUUCGUUCAGAGCGCAAGCGUUUACGUUGAGAAAUUUUAGAGUUUUAUUAUUCGUCGAUCUUUUCGAACAGAAAUUAUAUCAGCGUUCAUCGAAGAACCGUUUUUGUGAGAGGCGACGAUGGAAAACUCGAAGAUUCGGGCUACAGACUGGUCGAGAAAUAGGUCGACUUCGAUAGUAAUUAUAAUUAGUAAUUACACUAAUUAUAAUUAUAAAUAGUUACUAUAAUCAGUAAUUAUAAUUAAUCUAUAGGAUUUCCUUAAAUUUACUUGAACUUGAUUUUGCUUCUAACGUGUUUACAAAUUAUAUUUGACAAUUGUAACGGACCAGCGAUUGUUUACUUUUUCGGUUGUAAUUGACCUAUAUACAGUGCAAGUCAAUGGACCAUUGUUUUUCUCUUGAUUACCGCGGAUAUGUCUAUUCUUUUAUUGACCACACUGUAGCUUGUACAAUGUACGUGCCCGUACAGAAUCUUUGUUUAUGCUACAACUGAGAUUGUAACGAACGAUGGUACAAUUUUUGUGAAAGGAAUCGUGUACCAGAGCGUUACAGUGAAUAUAAGAAUACGUUAGAAUAAUUAACUUAUAUAAAAAAUAUACAUAUAUAUUUUCCUUUCCGGUUGAA